AUGCUAGCAACAUCAACAACUCAGGGCACAAGUCACAUUACAUGGAACUUGGAAGCACCACCGCCUUUUCAAUUAGUGUUUAGCCGUCUUAUCAUCUUCCUGUCGGCCAUCUUAAGUCUCUCGCGCUAUAACCUCAGCCUCCUAAGUGAUCAAUCGCAUUUCCAUCAGCACCAUCGAUCCUGUAGCUUGGAAGAAGCGUCCGUUUGCACGCCAGGAACGUCAGAUGAUCCGCAUCCAGUCGUAACGAUUGUCGAUGAGUCCCCGUAG